AUGGAGGCGACAGAGGUCGAUAACGAUACCAGGGGGUGGAUCAUGUGUAUCGUGAGCGGUAUUGCCUGCGUCGUGGGCGCAUCUAUCAUCUGCGUCGAUCUCAUUGUGCGAUGGUUCCCAGGACAGCGCAACUUCAGGAUACAAGACAGUAAUGUCUUUCUUGCCUGCUCCCUAAGCCUGAGCUUCGGCGUCAUGCUCUAUUCUGCUUUGAACAACAUGUUGCCGUCAGCCAAGCAGUACCUUAAGGAAGACGGCUUUCCAGAUCAGACAGCAGGUUUCAUCAUGGUGGGCUGCUUUGCUGGAGGAUUUGUCGGUAUACAGGUGAUCUCGCGCUUGUUGCACCAGUACAUGCCGUCGCACGUGGUUGAUUGCGAUCACACGCACAGCGAAAUCGACACCCGGUCGCGCAGCCAAAGCAGAAAAACAUCCUUGUACUCUGGAAGUCGGCGAUCAUCGCGACGACCGUUUGUUGAAUCCGUUGCAAGGAACGGUCACAUAUCCGAGUCUACGCCUCUGCUCAACGGCGAGACGACGCGCGAAAACGGAGGAACACUCCUCCCUAAACGCCAUGUUUCAAAGGGUAACCUGAGCCUCAGCACCACGCACUCAACACCGGCUCGGACUUCGCGAAGCCGCGACCCGAUUGUGGAAAGACGGCCGUCCAUGGCCCAGGUCCAACAGCGGGUCAUGUCGUUCGUCAAGGACACAAAAUCAAAUUGCGACGAAGAGGGGCCUUGCUUCGGAUAUACUGACCCAUGCGGCCAGGAGUGCUUCAAGCACCUGGGCAGCCGUUCAGGAGCAGUCGUAAAACAUCCGACAAUGCUAAGGACAAGCAUGGGUCAACUUUAUGCCCCAAGCCACACUGACCUGGAGGAUCUGGAGGAGGGUGGCUCUUCGUGCCCCUCUCCAAUGAACGGGAAGGUACGGACCAGCCGAGCGGCCUCGAGAGAGCCUUUGCCAGCCCAUGACCACGCGGAGCAUGAAACGCACGAUCACCACCACGGACAUGGCCAUGGCCAUGACCAUGAAGCGCACAGCGAGCAUGAACACAUGGACGAAGAUCUUGAGGCUCAACAUCACCACCACGUUCCUACCAAUGCAUUUCUCUCCCUUGGAUUGCAGACCUCGAUAGCAAUCGCCCUUCACAAGUUUCCUGAAGGCUUCAUCACCUACGCCACGAACCACGCCAACCCCUCGCUCGGCUUCAACGUCUUCAUGGCUCUAUUCGUCCACAACAUCACCGAAGGCUUCGCCAUGGCUUUGCCGUUGUACAUGGCACUCGGAAGCCGCCUUCGAGCCAUGCUCUGGGCUGCAGUCCUCGGCGGCCUCAGCCAGCCCCUAGGCGCGGGCAUUGCCGUGUUGUGGUUCAAGCUUGCUAAACACACUCACCUCACCCCGAACGCCAUCGCCUACGGUUGCAUGUUUGCUAUUACUGCCGGCAUCAUGGUUAGCGUCGGCUUGCAGCUUUUCGUGGAAGCGCUCAGCCUGAACCACAAUCGCAAUCUUUGCAUCUUCUUUGGCUUCCUGGGCAUGGCCCUACUAGGUGUCACCAGCGCUAUCGCGUCUACACACUAG